AGAGCUCAGGCCCAAAACUAUUUUGAUCUGCUUCAGAAUCAGAAGCCCAUUAAAGAUGAUUGUAUUUCAGUAUCUGUUCCAGGCGAGGAGCGAAGAGGCAACAGAACAGCCGGAGCAGAAGAAGAAGAAGCUAGAAGGGUCGACAAUGUCGCAGCAAGCGGUGCAGAAGAACACACUCUACGUCGGAGGACUAGCGGAGGAAGUAAACGAGUCCAUCCUGCAUGCUGCCUUUAUCCCCUUCGGUGACAUAAAGGACGUCAAGACGCCUUUAGAUCAGGCCACGCAGAAACACCGCUCCUUUGGCUUCGUCACCUUCUUGGAGAAAGAGGACGCCGCAGCCGCCAUGGACAAUAUGGACGGCGCCGAGCUCUAUGGCCGGGUACUGACAGUCAACUACGCACUGCCGGAGCGUAUCAAGGGCGGUGAGCAGGGAUGGGCAGCUCAGCCAAUUUGGGCGGAUGCCGACACAUGGUUUGAGCGUCAGCAGCAAGAGGAGGAAAUGCAACGUAUUCAAGCAGAGAACCGCGCUGCGAUGCAGGCUGCAGAGGAGUUGCAUAGAAAGAAAAUGGCCGAGGAACAAGAAGGAGAAAAGGAGGAUGAAACAGAGACAAGGAAUGACCCAAUGGCGAGGGCUGAAGCAGAGGUCUUAAAACAGAAUAGCUAACUCAUGGUUGCCAUCAAGCUAAGCAGAAAAAAUGCAGGGAAUACUCAUAUUCCUAUUCUUCAUAUAGAUUUUACUUCUCUUAAAAUGAAUCCUUGUACCAUAUAUAACGGCUUGCAUGGUUGGGUGAACAGAAUACUCUGCCUUUACAUCAUUAAAGUGGAACUACUGUUGUUUCAGAUACAUCCUGAGUCUUUAGGUGAGACUCAUGAAUUUAAUUUCAUUUCUCUCAAAAUCAGGAUCCAUAGAUUAAACUGGUCUUUCAUGCAUGGAAGAUCACUUAAUUUAGAAGUUCAGAAAUACAGGGAAAACAAGAGAAGGAAGAUGGUAGUUGUUUCCAGCUUCAUCAUAAAUGAGAAACCUGUUAACAUGGCAUUAUGUUUCUUCCUCUUUUAAGGUUGU